GCCAGCCCCGGAGUGGCGCCCCGGGUGUCGCGCGGCGGCGGCGCUCGGCAGCAUGGAGGAGAUCCCAGCUCUGGGCCUGGGCACCUGGAAGGCGGCUCCAGGCGAGGUGACCGAGGCAGUGAAAGUGGCGAUAGACGCGGGGUACCGGCACUUCGACUGCGCUUACUUGUACCACAACGAGAGUGAGGUCGGAGCCGGGAUCCAGUGCAAGAUCCAGGAGGGCGCGGUGACGCGGAAGGACCUGUUUAUCGUCAGUAAGCUCUGGUGCACCAGACACAAGAAGUCCUUGGUGACUGCGGCGUGCGCCGAGAGCCUCAAGGCCUUGAAGCUGGAUUACCUGGACCUCUACCUCAUGCACUGGCCCAUGGGCUUCAAGCCUGGGGAAGAAGACCUGCCCGUGGACCGCAAUGGCAUGGUGCUGCCCAGCGACACGGACUUCCUGGACACGUGGGAGGCCAUGGAGGACCUGGUGGUCACAGGGCUGGUGAGAGCCAUCGGGGUGUCGAACUUCAACCACCAGCAGCUUGAGAGACUUUUGAAUAAACCCAACUUGAGGUUCAAGCCAGUGACGAACCAGAUUGAGUGCCACCCGUAUCUUACCCAGAAGAACCUGAUCAGGUUUUGCCAAUCCAGGGACGUGACCGUGACGGCUUACCGGCCCCUCGGCGGCUCCAGCGAGGGGGUGGAGCUGCUGGAUGACCCCGUGAUCCGGAGGAUCGCACGGAAGUACCACAGGUCCCCCGCCCAGAUUGUGAUCCGAUUCCAGAUCCAGAGGAAUGUGAUAGUGAUCCCCAAAUCUGUCACCCCAAAACGGAUUCGUGAGAACAUCCAGGUAUUUGACUUUGAGUUAUCAGAAAAGGAUAUGAAUGACAUCUUCGACCUGGACAGGAAUUUCCGAAUUUGCACAUUACCCACAGCUAAAAACCACAAGGACUAUCCUUUCCACAUAGAAUACUGAGCACAGCCUCCGCCUUCCUCACACCCGGGCCUCAGGUCCAAACCCCGCGUGCCGGAGGGGAGGGGAGGGACGGGCUUUGGUUUGGGCAGAGGCCCGCCUGGAGCGGAGCUGAGCUCCCUGCGAAGUGCACCCGGCCCGCUGGCCUCUGCCCCGACGGGGACCGCCCUGGUGACUCUCUGUGGGGAACCCCCAGUCCUAAGGCUCCCCAGAGCACAGUGUGACAGGAUUUUGACAAGACACGCCGUGUGGCCUCUGCUCUCGGAAGAAAGGUUGUAUGACGGAAAUCGUUAAAUACAGGAAUUGAGACCAGCACGACUGUCUGCAUCUGUCGUGCGGCCCCACUCGAAACCCUGGGCCGCCCCCGCCAUCCGCGCUCCUCUGUUCCCUCGAGCCCCCCAGAUGGUUUACCCGUGGGAGAGGCCUCCGUUCAACACAGAGGCUUCUCUUCUUUAAAUACGGCCGUGGGAACCCCACGCAGACAGGACGCGUGGGGCUUUGCCCUCCAGCGCUCCGUGUCCGGUCCGUCCCCCCGGGCUCCAGGGCCACGUGGGACACGGGUCCCCGCCGCUCACUGGACGGCACUGAGCACCGCGCUUGGGCCAUUGUUCUCAAAAGCUGCUACAGAUUCUCAUGUUCGAUGAAAAAGGCUCACUUUGAUGAAUGAGCUGCAGGUGUUUCCCUGUUUGUUAAACAUGAGAAAAGUUCCUCAC